GUUAGAAUCGGUGCAACAGCAGGCGUCAUGCAACAGUUUUUCGCCGCAAUAAGGAUAAAUCGAACUGUCGCACAAAGGACACCUGUAACGAAAGCAUAAAGUAUUAUUUGCGCAUGCGCACGAUUUGUCCAUUAGUUCAUUCCAUUGCAGAUGUAGUGGAAUGAAUGAAAAUCAGCUGCGAAGCAUGAGAGCACGUGGAAGUGUAAAAUACUUUCUCUCUAUUAUAUAUUUGUGAUUUAAAUUAAUCAUAAAAGUUCAUUAUAAAAAUGAAGGUGAAGAAAAUAAAUCAAAAGUCUCUUAAAUCCUCUAAAGGAAGAAAAUUAACAGUUGCCAAGAAAAACAAAAAAGAUUUAAGCAAAGUAACUACAGAAGAGUUUCUUAAACAAAGUUUUGAAGAUACAGAUAGCGAUAGUGAUAAUGAUGAGACAAAUAAAAAUACAGGUGAUGAAAACUAUGAGCAGGCUGAAAUGUCACUUGAUAGUGAUGAAAGUAAUUUGGAUCCUAUAGAACACAAAAAAUCAUUGAUGAAACUGAAAGAUACUGAUCCAGAAUUUUAUAAAUAUUUGAAAGAUAAUGACAAAAAUCUUUUGGACUUUAAAAUAUCGGAUGAUGAAGAUGAUGAUAAUUCUUCAAUAAGUGACAAUGAUAAUAGACAUAUACCUGAUGAAAACUUGGAGAUUGCUAGCGACGAUAGUGAUUUCCAGCCAGAGGAAGCUAAAGGUGACUCUAGGAAGAUCACUUUACAAUUACUAAAAACUUGGCAACAAGAAAUACAAACGGACAAAUCAAUAGUUAGUAUUAAACGUGCUGUAGAUGUCUUUCAUGCAGCUUUGAAUAGUGUUGCAGUAUCAUCUGAUACAAAUUCACGCUAUAAAGUAGAAGGAAGCGCCAUAUUUAAUGGUGUGAUGCAACUGUGUAUAAUGUAUUUACCUGAUGCAUUCAAACGCUAUUUAAAGUUGGAUCCAAAAUCACAGGAAGCACAUAAAUCUAAAAGAUUUAGAAAAAUACGAGGAAUCUUAAAAUUGUACUUGUCAGAUUUAAUUACAUUACUGCAAAGUGUAGCAUCAUCCAGUAUUCUCCAAGUGUUGCUAAAGCAUCUUCGCCAAAUGUUACUUUACACGCAAUCAUUCUCAUCCCUGACUAAACCAUUGUUAAGGAUUUUGUUGAAGCUCUGGUCAACUGGAGAAGAAAUUGUUCGUGUUGUAGCUUUUAUAAAUAUUUUGCGUAUCGCGACCAGUCACAAAGAAUCCACACUUGAGAAGCUAUUAAAGACCAUGUAUAUAAAAUAUGUUCAAAAUACAAAAUUUGUGUCACCCAACACAUUACCAGAAAUAAAUUUUAUGCGGCAUUCUUUGGUUGAAAUCUAUCUACUUGACCAUAAUCUUUCAUAUAGCCAUGCCUUUUUAUAUAUCAGACAAUUGGCGAUUCAUUUAAGGAAUGCCAUAACAUUAAAGAAAAAGGAAAACUUUCAAGCUGUAUAUAACUGGCAAUAUAUUAAUUCCUUGCACUUUUGGACAGAAUUAAUAACAAAAUUAAAAGACAACUCAGUAUUACGAUCUUUAUUGUAUCCAUUAGUGCAGAUUAUUAUUGGAACAAUUAAAGUCUGUCCAACUGUGCAGUACUAUCCAUUGCGAUUCCAUUGUAUAAAUAUGUUAAUAACAAUCUCCAAAGAAACAGGAACUUUUAUACCCAUCUUGCCAUUCCUUCUUGAGAUUCUAGAUUCUUAUGAUUUUAAUAAAAAGCACAAGGCAGUUUCUAUGAAACCUAUGUCACUUAUCUGCAUAUUGAGGGUAUCGAAAUCACAACUGAUAGAGAAUGGAUUCAAGGAUAGUAUUAUAGAAACCAUUUAUCAACUUAUACUGCAAUAUGCCGCAAGUGAAAGUUAUAAAUUAUAUUUCCCUGAUAUGUGUAUACCCUGCAUAAUACAAUUAAAGGCAUUCCUGAAGAAAUGCCAUGUGGCAGCUUAUUGCAAGAAAAUGAAACAGCUUUUAACUUUGAUUGAAGAAAAUAGAAAAUACAUUGAAAAUGAGCGCACUAAACUAACGAUUGAUUUAAAAAACACGAUGGAAAUAACAAAUUGGGAAAAUAGGUUAAAGACUGAUGGCACAGCAAUAGCUAAAUUUUAUGCCUCUUGGAUUAAGCUUCACGAAUCACAACAACUUAAACUUCUCAAUAAGACCGAAGAUGAAUUUAAUGUACCUGUGGUGAGAAAAUUAAAGAAACGGACGCUUGAUGAGCAGAAUGCAGAAGAUGAAGAAAGCGAAGAAGAGAGCGAACUUGAAUUUCGAGUAAAAGGAACAGAAACUGAAACGGAAACGGAAGUGUUAGCUAAGAAAACGAAAAAACUGAAAAAGAAGAGGAAGAUAGUCAACAAUAUCGAGGACGAUGAUUUGCCGAAAGAAAACACAGAUAUUGUCCAAGAUAUAAAUGAUUGGGAUUAGAAGUAGGUGUAAGAUCACUUUGAGUUAACAAUUAUAUGUAUGAACAUACAUACAAUAAUACAUGAUACGUUUUUAUAUUCUCAAAUGCAUUGCAAUAAAUGUUUUUUUAUUUCUCGCUAUUA